CAUCAAUGGCUUCCUCAACAAACAUUCACUUCAUUUUCGUGCUAAUAACAUUUUUAAUUAUUCUUAGAACUUCAUUAUCAUAUGGACACAUUUCAACCGUCGAUGGGAUUUUGCCAUUCUCACCUAAACACGUUGUGGUCACUAACAAACUGGUUGCACAAUUUGGAUUGCUCGUGCACUGUACGAGUCAAGAGACAGAUUUGGGGGUUAUAUCGGUCUUAAUUGGCCAAAGUUUUGAUUUCAGAUUUCGUGUUAAUAUUCGUAAAACAACGAAAUUUAGUUGCAUUUUCUCGUGGCCUGGAAUUGUUAGGACGUUUGAUAUCUUUAGGGCCGAUAGGGACGAUAGUUCAACAAGUAAGUGUGGAAUAUGCAGUGAAUGUAUUUGGAACAUAUCGGAGUCAGGUCCAUGUCGUAUUAGACGUGAUGGAGGCCCUCCUUGCUGUUUUCCAUGGUCUUCUUAAUCAUAUCAAAAUAUUUAUCCUAUCUUUCUUUCAUAUCAAGGAAAAUAAACUAUUU